UAGUCGCUACAUUUUCAUUUUCGGUUCAGCUCUCAACGCGUCAACAGUAAAACAAUUUUUGUCCAGCCUCAAACACAUUUUCAAAAACAUAAUUUAAGAAAUGUCGCGCAUUUUAUUGGGCGCAUCGUUGCAGCGCUGCUCGCGUUUGGCCAAUCAGCUGCUGAGCCGCGGCUAUGCAAAGGACGUGAAAUUUGGGCCAGAGGUGCGAGCGAUGAUGCUGCAGGGCGUGGAUGUGCUGGCGGAUGCAGUGGCAGUGACCAUGGGACCCAAGGGACGCAAUGUGAUCAUUGAGCAGAGCUGGGGCUCACCCAAGAUCACCAAGGAUGGCGUUACAGUGGCCAAAUCCAUAGCGCUGAAGGAUAAAUUCAUGAACAUUGGCGCCAAGCUGGUGCAGGAUGUGGCGAACAAUACAAACGAGGAGGCAGGCGAUGGCACCACCACAGCCACAGUGCUGGCCAGAGCAAUAGCCAAGGAGGGAUUCGAUAAGAUUUCACGUGGCGCUAAUCCUGUGGAAAUAAGACGUGGCGUAAUGAUGGCCAUUGAAACGGUUAAAGAUAAUUUAAAGAAAAUGUCGCGUCCGGUGAAUACACCGGAGGAAAUUGCACAGGUGGCCACCAUUUCGGCCAAUGGCGACAAGUCUGUGGGCAAUUUGAUAAGCGAGGCAAUCAAGAAAGUUGGACGCGAUGGCGUCAUUACCGUUAAGGAUGGCAAAACCAUGAACGACGAGCUGGAGAUAAUUGAGGGCAUGCGCUUUAGUCGCGGCUAUAUAUCGCCUUAUUUCAUCAAUCAGUCCAAGGGCGCCAAGGUGGAGUUCCAGGAUGCGCUGUUGCUGUUUUGCGAAAAGAAAAUCAAAACUGCGCCCAGCAUUGUGCCAGCGCUGGAGCUGGCAAAUGCGCAGCGUAAGCCGCUCGUGAUCAUUGCCGAGGAUGUGGAGGGUGAAGCGCUGAGCACCAUGGUAGUGAAUCGCUUGAAGGUGGGACUGCAGGUUUGUGCUAUUAAAGCGCCAGGAUUUGGUGACAAUCGUCGGGAUUCGCUGGCGGACAUGGCCAUAGCCACAGGCGGCAUGGUCUUUGGCGAUGAGGCGAACAUGGUGCGAUUGGAGGACAUCAAACUCAGCGACUUUGGACGCGUGGGUGAGGUGGUAAUCACCAAGGAUGACACCAUGCUGCUGAAGGGUCAAGGCCAGCGCGCGCACAUAGACAAGCGCGUGGAGAAUCUACGCGAUGCCAUCAAAGAAACCGACUCCAGCUAUGAAAAGGAGAAGCUACAGGAGCGUCUGGCCAAGCUCUCCUCGGGCGUUGCGCUGCUGCGCGUUGGCGGCUCCAGCGAUGUGGAGGUCAAUGAGAAAAAGGAUCGCGUCAAUGAUGCGCUCAAUGCCACACGCGCUGCCAUUGAGGAGGGCAUCGUUCCUGGUGGCGGCACUGCGCUGCUGCGCUGCAUCAAUCAGCUGAAGGAUUUGAAAGGCGCCAACGAGGAUCAGAAUCUGGGCGUUGAGAUUAUACGCCGUGCUCUACGCAUGCCGUGCCUCACCAUAGCCAAGAACGCUGGCGUUGAUGGCGCCAUGGUCGUUGCCAAGGUGGAAAUACUCGAUGGCGACUAUGGCUAUGAUGCACUCAAGGGCGAAUAUGGCAACAUGAUCGAGCGUGGCAUCAUUGAUCCCACCAAAGUGGUGCGCACCGCCAUCACCGAUGCCGCUGGCGUUGCCUCGCUGCUGACCACAGCCGAGGCGGUGGUCACUGAGCUGCCGCUGGAGGAUGCUGCAGCUGGCAUGCCCGGCGGCAUGGGCGGUAUGGGCGGCAUGGGAGGCAUGGGCGGUCUAGGCAUGGGCAUGUAAUCCAACCACCCAACACUUUGUUUUCGUUUUUGGUUUUUUUGUUUUUCUUUUAUUUGCAAACAACAUUUUGAAUCUUUCCCGACACAUUUUAGUUGCUGAACUGCAGAGCUGACCCAUUUCCUAACCCCACAGUUGGUGCCACUUAUAUGCGCCCCUUUUACUAUUUACUAUUUAUUAUUACAUUGCAUAGUUUUGCACUCACUGUUAUUGAUUUAAUAAAUUUGACAAUCGUAAUCAAAA